UGCAGUCGUGUAGUGUGAAGGUUAAAGCAAUCCGACAGGUGUUCCUUCCUCGCAAUUCAAUCGUUAAACAUCGGGCAAGAACGACUAUUUUAUUAGCAACGCGAAAGACGGCAAUAAAAUUAAUUUUAUUGAAAAUAAAUUUCUAAUAGCUAAAAAAGUUGCUUGUAUUGCGAUACUAGUUGAAUAACAAAGAGGAGAAGUUCAAAAUUUAUUUUGCAUAACCAUACGCCAAACAGGAAGCAAUACUGGAGUAUUAGGAAAUUAAAUAAUCUCUAACUGGCUUUGAAACGCGUUUAUAGCACUUACUCACCCUUUUAACUUUUCCAACAAAUAUGCUUCAUUCAGUAAUCUUCUGUAAGGGAUUCUUCUAUUUUACGGCAUUUUCAGUGCUAACACACUUUUUAAUAGAGCCGGUGAUUGGAGUAGUCAAUGAAAAAGAAGAACAAUUCACCAAUGGCGGGGUGUACAGAAAUAACUUUGAACCACUAACAUUACACAAACGACCCUCUUUCUUUGUUGGCAGCCGAUAUGGCCGAUCCAGUGGCGGUGCUGCACUCAGCUCUUCGAAGACACGUCGUCUAAGUGUGGUACCUCGUAACGAUCGCUUCUUUUUGGGUUCACGGUAUGGAAAGCGCUCUGAAGAAAACUCCGCUGCAGAAUUCUAUUCGCCAUAUGAACAAGAAAAUCAACUUGCCAACAAUAAUGCUCUCAACUCAAUUAAUGGUUUAGCAUUCCAACAUACUAGUGUUAGCAAAUACCCAUACGGUGAAAAUAAUAUGCUGGAAAAGCAACAACAAGAACAAAUACAAACUCCUUCAAUGAUGUCUUGUGUAUAUACUGGGUUGAGGAACUUUUUUCGCUGUCGCAAUAUCGAUGAGAUCAAUAACAUUAUCAACCAGUUGACGAUUGCUCAUAGCGUCGAGGAGAGAAAGUAAAUGAUAUACUUAUGAGCAUUAUU